UUAGAUGCUUCAAUUUAUGCAUUUCCUGUAAGAGAUGUUCGUCUUUUGGAUGAGAUCUAUGAGCUACAAUUGGAGUUUUCUGAUAUUCUUAAAGAAACGAGAGAUGCUUUUAAACCUGAACUCUUUCCAGAUAUUAUUGAUUAUCUUGAGACACAUGUUGCUGCUCUACUUGGUCCAAACAAAAAUAAUCAAACUGAAGAAAUUACAGAAGAGUUUAAUAACAUUCAAACAAUAAAAGAUCUUUUUAAGAUUUUACAACGAAAGUACAUAUCAUGGUUCAACUAUGAACUAAUAGUUAAACUUGUUAAUGUAUUCCUGCCUAAUAAUCGCUCAUUAAAGAGGACAUGGUCAGACUAUAAGGAGAAACUGAAGGAUUAUUUUCUUAACAGCGGUGGCUUAUUAACUGAUGCUAAUGCUUUAGAAUUUGGUAUAAAAGAUGUUCCUCCUGGUACACGAGUAAUGAUUGCCAAAGUUGAUCGUGAUGACUACACACCAGCUGACCUUUUCUUCUUUCGUAGAGCAAUACCAAAAGAACUGAAUAUUCCUAACGUUAAUCUGUACUUUAGUUUCGUUCGUAUUGGCUCACUACAGCUGCUAUAUAAUAUUCCUGAUUACUUAUACUCUGCAUUGUUUCCUCUAUCUACUGAGAUACAGGAACAGUUAGCUAGUAUUGCUAUCACUGAACUAACAUGUGGUGAUUAUAAAUAUGAUCUAAGAAAGUUCUCAGCAUCACAAGAGUUGCAGCAGUCACCUUUAGAUAUUGAUAUAUGUGAUCGAUUAUGGUAUGAGAAUACCAGUACACCAUUACAUGAAGCAGCUUGGAGAGGAUUAAAAGAUGAAGUACAAUGGCUUCUUAGCAAGUUUGGUUACAGCACAUAUCGUGGUCUUCAUGGUUGGACUCCAUUACACUCUGCAUCAUAUAGUGGACACAUUGAGAUCCUCCAACUACUCAUCCAUCAAUAUGGUAUUGAUCCUAAUGAAGGUGAUGAUAAUAGUGUAUCUAGUAUACAUAUGGCAUCUUAUAAAGGCCACUUAUCUAUAGUACAAUAUCUAGUAGACACGUGUGACGUUCCUCCUGAUCAACCAGACAAUAGCAAUAACACUCCAUUACUGUACUCAGCAAUGGGGGGCCAUUCUGACCUAGUGGAAUUUUUUAUUGAGAAAAAUUGUAAUAUUUCUCAAAUUAAUUCCCAUAAUGCUUCUUUGUCAUUGUUAGCUUGUAAAAGUGGGCAGGUAGCAUUAAUUGAUAAGCUGGAAGCUGUAGACCUCUUCAAACCAAAUUCAUCUGAUUGUUAUGGAUUUGGCAUUCUGCAUUACUCUUCUAUGAGUAAUAAUGUUGAGCUUUUUAAGUAUCUUUUAAAUCGAUAUCAAUUAUCCAUUGAUGUAAAGGAUAGAUAUGGUAAGACUCCACUUCAUAUUGCUUCAUGGUAUGCUUCAUCAUCAGUUGUUGAGUAUAUUGUUAGUAUUCAAGGUAAUGAAGCAUUAUUAGUUAAUGAUAAUAAUUGUAAUUCAUGUUUACACUUUGCAAGUCUUGCAUCCAUUGCUAUUAAAGCCACUACCAUGUAUAGUAAGCUAAUUGCACUAUGUGAUGCAUCAAAUAUUGAGAUUGUUAGUGGUAAUAAAAUUAAAAAUAACAUCAAUUUCAUUAUACGCAAUAAAAGAAUAAAAGUGUUCACUUCACUACUCAAGAAAGCUAUUAAUUGCCACUUUGACAUCAAUGCUACCACGACUAAUGGUGAGUCAUUACUUCAUUAUGCAUCACGCAGUGGAAGUACAUUACUAGUGAAAGCAUUAGAAGAAUAUAAUAUCAAUUGUACAUUAGAUAAUGAUGGUAUGUCUCCAGUGCAUUAUGCUGCCUGGUCAGGUUCUACUAGUGUAUUAAGUUAUAUCAUAUCUCAGUAUAAUCUCAGUGCUAAUGAUACUGACACUUAUGGUCAUACAUCAUUAGUCUACUCCUGCCAGUCAGGUAGUAUUAAUUCUGUUAAAUAUCUUAUUAAUAAUCAUAACAGUGAUCCUAAUAUCAUUGAUAAUGAUGGUAUGACAUGUCUGCAUCAUUCUUGUCGUCAUGGUCAUAUUGAUAUCACUCAUUAUCUCAUUGAGGUACAGCAUUGUGAUAUUAAUGAAACAGAUAAUGAAGGACGCACGUUAGUACAUCAUGCUGCACAGAGUGGUAACUUUGAUUUAGUUCAGUAUCUUAUUACUGAACAAGGUUUGUCUCCUACUGCAGUUGAUAAGAAUGGCCUCACUGCUUUACAUUAUACCUCAGUGUCUCUUAACUUAUCUCUUGUUAAAGAAUUAAUAACUACCUAUCAGUUAGAUCCUCAUCAAGUUGACAGUAAUGGUAAGCUACCAAUUCAUUAUGCUGCUGAAUCUGGGAAUAUUUUACUACUGGAAUUAUACGCCAAGGAUCACAAGUGUAGUCUGAGUCUAACAGAUAACAAAAAUUGGAAUAUAUUUCAUUUUUCAUCACUUCAAGGUCAUACUCAUUUUAUCAAGCAUAUCACCAGUCUGUAUCCUCAAUACAUUAGUUUACUACACUCUACUGACAAUGAAGGUAGCCUAGCGCUACAUUUAGCCUGUCAGAGUGGUAGUAAUCAAUUAGUGACUUUCCUAAUAGAUGACAUGAAGUGCAAUUUCACUGCUACUGAUACCUUAUAUGGUAGUAAUUGUGUCAUGUAUGCCUGUGUCUCUGGUAAUCUUGAUCUAGUACAAUUACUGAUACAACAAUACAAGCUUGAGCCUGUCAAUAUUAAUAACACUGGUUUCUCAGUAUUACAUGCAGCAGCACAGGAAGGUCAUACUCAUAUACUGGAAUGGUACAGUCAGGAGUAUAGUGUGGAUAUUACUAAUCACACUGAGAAUAACAAGUACACACUAGCUCAUUCAGCUGCUUAUAAUGGUAAGCUACAUUGUCUACAGGAACUGAUCAACAAGUAUCAGUGUGAUGUUAAUGCCACUACUACUGAUACUGGUAGUACAGUUUUUCACGAAGCAUGUGAAGGAGGCCAUGUUCCUGUUGUACUUUAUCUCACUAGUCUUCCUCAGUGUAAUAUAGCAGCUAAGACUUCUAAUGGAUCAACAGCUCUUCACAUUACCUGUGAGUACAGUGACUCUCUUCCUAUACUCAAACAUCUGGUAGAGAAUCAUGAGUUAGAUCUGUGUGCUGUGAAUGAUGAGGGAAUGGCUCCUAUUCACUUAGCAUGUAGUGAGGGAAGAUUGAACUUUGCCCAGUACAUUAUAAAACACAUACCAUCAUCACUUGAACUACCUACCAGAGGGCAAGGUCAUACUCCAUUCCUUGCUGCUGUCUACUUCAAUCAGUUAGAAGUUAUUAAAUAUCUUAUUAGUAAGAAGUGUAAUCUAUCAGCUACUGAUGAUGAAGGGUCUGGAGCAGUUCACAUAUCAGUAGAGAGGGGUCACUUGAAUAUAUUGAAGUACCUCAUUGAUAAUUAUUAUUGCAAUCCUAAUGCAACCAAUCAUCAAGACCGUACACCACUCCAUUUAGCUGUAGCAGUGGACCAACUUGAUGUAUUAGAGUACUUACUGAGUAAGAGUAUACCCUCAAUGAGUGUUGUCUGGUUACGUGAGAUAAAGUGUUUAUUAGACAGUCCUCAUGACAUAUACAAUAAUCCACACAAUGCUGUACUUAUUAAUGUACAAGAUAAAGACGGUAAUACUCCAUUACAUUUAGCCUGUCAAGAUGGACAACAGAAUAUGGCAUCACUAUUACAAGAAGCCAGUCUGUCUAACAAUAACUUAUUAAUUACUAACAAGAAAGGACAGACACCAAUACACUUAGCAGUUGCCUCUGGUCAUAAGGAUACCGCUGAAGUUUUACUGUCCUCAGUUACUGGUAGUUCUACUCAUCAUGAUCUCCUUACAGCUACUGAUAAUGAAGGGUCCACUGUAUUACAUACAGCUUGUAGUAAUGGCCAUAUUGAUGUGUUUCGUUAUUUAUCCAGUAUUUAUCCUCAAGGUGUUAAUGCAAUGGAUAAUAGAGGACGUGGUUUACUUCAUGCAGCAUGUGAGGGAGGAGAUAUUGAGAUAGUAAAAGAGUUAAUUGAGAAAUAUAAACAAGAUCCUUUAUUGGAAGAUGAUGAUGGUAUCACUUGCUUGCACUUACUAACAGAAAUGAAAAAAUUUGAAUCUUUUUUAUUGAGAAUGAUAAUGGAUAUUGCAGUGAGAGCAAAAAUUGCUGUAUACCAGUAUUUGGAACCAAACAUUGUCUCUAAUCCAGUACCUAAAGACAAGUCUGGUCGUACUCCUCUUCAUUAUGCUUCUCGUUCUGAUAAUACUCAUAUGGCACGCUAUCUUAUAGAGACCUUCCCCUGUACUCCUGAUGAUCCUGAUAAUAAUGGAUACACUUCAGUUCAUGGAGCAUGUGAAGGUGGUAGUAUGGAGUUAGUACAAUACUUUCUAACUGAGCUCCAAUGUAAUGUACUAGCUGAAACUGAAGAUAUGAAAACUCUACUUUAUUUUGCUAGUAUGAGUUUUAAUUUAGAGCUAGUUCGGUUUUUAGUUGAAAGAUAUAAUUUAAAACCUCGUCAACAUGAUAUUGAUGUAGCUCAGGCCACUAGUCCUGGUUCAUCAAUAGUUAGGUAUCUUGAAAAGGUCCAUCAUGAUAUGAUUCUUGAUGUGGUGGAAGAGCAAAGAAGAAAGGUUUCAAAGCGAACAACGACAGGUGCAGGUAUUGAGGAACCUCACAGCACUAAAAGAAUCAAAGUAGAAGAAGAUGAGGCAUAAUAAGGAAUGAAAAUCAUGUUUUAAAUGACUUCACUUUCAUUCUUCUAUACUUGAUAAGGCACACAUCUUCCUUUCUUGCUCUCUGGUCAACAUCUGCUCUACCUUAAUUUCCUUAUUUCUAACACCAUGCAAACAUUACAACAAAUAAAGUAUCAUUAUCAUAACUUUAAUAUUACAGCAUUCAUUUUUGUAAUGCAUGGUUUCUACAAAUGGUUAUUUUAUUUUGUUACUAUAUUACCUUUGCUUGACAAGGGAUCAUUCCUUCAAUGGUUUCUAACAUUAGUUUAACGCAUCACAUUCUACAUCUUUUGUACUUGAUGUGUACAUACUUGUAUGUACAUGUAUUGUAUUUAAAUGUGUGUACUUUUUUCUCUUUCUCUCUACCUUCUCUUUUUACCAAUUAUUGCUGUUGCUGUUACUUAUAUAUAUUAUGAUGUAAUAAUUGCUUUUUAUAAUUUUGCACAUGAUCCAUGCAUAAAAGUAUUAUGCUCAAUU